GGGGCGGAAGCUGGGUGGGUUGUUUGCUCUCCGCUGAGGUGGGUUUGUCCCGGAAUCCCAUUUUGCAAGCAAGAGCCAUCUACUCGUCCGUUACAGGCCUUCCCACCAUGGAUUGCCAAGAAAAUGAGUACUUGGACCAAUGGGGACGGUGUGUCACCUGCCAGCAGUGUGGUCCUGGACAGGAGCUAUCCAAGGAUUGUGGUUAUGGAGAGGGUGGAGAUGCAUACUGCAUAGCCUGCCCUCCUCACAGGUACAAAAGCAGCUGGGGCCACCACAGAUGUCAGACUUGCAUCACCUGUGCUGUCAUCAAUCGUGUUCAGAAUAUCAACUGCACAGCUACUUCUAAUGCUGUCUGUGGAGACUGUCUGCCCAGGUUCUACCGAAAGACACGCAUUGGAGGCCUGCAGGACCAAGAGUGCAUCCCAUGCACGAAGCAGACCCCCACCUCUGAGGUUCAAUGUGCCUUCCAGUUGAGCUUAGUGGAGGCAGAUGAACCCACAGUGCCCCCUCAGGAGGCCACACUUGUUGCAUUGGUGAGCAGCCUGCUAGUGGUAUUUACCCUGGCCUUCCUGGGGCUCUUCUUCCUCUACUGCAAGCAGUUCUUCAACAGACAUUGCCAGCGUGUUGCAGGAGGUUCGCUGCAAUUUGAGGCUGAUAAGGCAGCAGAGGAAGAAUCUCUCUUCCCCAUGCCACCCAGCAAGGAGACCAGUCCUGAGUCCCAAGUGAGUGAGAGCAUCUUUCAGACGCAGCCACUUAACCCUAUCCUCGAGGACGACUGCAGCUCGACUGGUGGCUUCCCCACACAGGAGUCCUUUACCAUGGCCUCCUGCGCCUCAGAGAGCCACUCCCACUGGGUCCACAACCCCAUCGAAUGCACAGAGCUGGACCUGCAAAAGUUUUCCAGCUCUGCCUCCUAUACUGGAGCUGAGACCUUGGGGGAAAACACAGCUGAAAGCACAGGAGACAGGCUGGAGCUCAAUGUGCCCUUUGAAGUUCCCAGCCCUUAACUCUAAUGAGGUCUCUUGGGCUCCUGGCAGCCUUGCCCAGUUGUUCUCUCUGGACUCUGCUUCCUUGUUCCUAUACCACAACAACAACAGGGGCCUGAAAUGUGUCCACAACAGCUAAUAUUCUACAGAUGGGGCACAUUCUAUCCCAUCUCACCAGAGAAUUGAUUCUCCAUUUCACCAGGACUGAUCUGCAGCAUUUCUUGCUUCCCCAUUGUAGCCUGGGGAGCCAGAUUUCCCAUUCUUGGGACUACCAGACAUGUUCCUAGCUCAACUUGAUUAUAGAAAAGAGAGAAGGACAGUGAAUGGGGUGGGGUUUUCAUGCCUGCAUUUUUGGUCAGGUAAGCCUCUCAGAAUUGUGUCGGCACAUCUACCCAGCACUUUAAGGACAAAAUCAAACCCUUCUCCCUUUUUAGCUCCUCAACACUGCCUCUUUCCUCAACACACAUGCGUGCACACACACACACACAUACACACACACACACGUAUUAAUAUCUAUCUUGGGGGAGGCCUGGUGCCAUAAUUCCCCAGCUCAUGUCUCAUAGACUUCACUAGUUGUGACAGCUCUGAAGCCAGCACAUUUGCUGAGGUCCUCUUCCCUACAAGUAGAUCUCUACCCUUAUUUAGUGUGGAUUUAAACUAGUGUCUUUUUUUUAAUGGUCCUUCUUAAAGUUACUUUCAACAUUUAUUUCUCUUCUCUUCCUGCCUCUUUUGUCCCUUCCAGGUUCCUCAUCUUCUAAAGCCCAAAACUCAGUCUCUAGACUCCAAGAUCAACUCAAAGCUCAGAGCCUUGGACUCUGGGUUGACAGUGAAGCUCCUGAGGUCUCAGGGACCGAAGAGCUAAAGUUCUCACUGAGGCCUGGCCUUAAGGCAGCUUAGGGACCAUUUUGUGCUUUAUUGGUUUGGAAAAAAAAAAAAUAGCAUUUCAUUGGCUCUUAAUACCAGUUUCCCAUGCUUCUCAGCAUGAAGAAAACUACUCUUUCCAUGGCUCUCUGAUAACAAACAGAGCAAAUGAGACCCUCAGGGCUCAGGUGCGAGCAUCACAAGUUAUUUUUAACUCUCCCCUUUUGUCCAUAAUGGGCCAAUUGGGCUGAUUCCCACUCCCUCAAAAUGUGUCAAGUUUGGAAAGAAAAAGCACUCAGACGAUUGGAGCAACUGGCUCCUUCACUUGAAAGCACCUUAUAUAGUCUGCGAUGUUAGACUUGACAAUUUGCAAAAAAUCAAGACAAGAUAGGGCACAGUUAUCCUAGGUUAAGAAUGCUGGAAUUCACUACAUUUAUGGGUGUCUUACUUUACGUUUUGCAAUAUGCUUUUAUAGUCAUCAUCUCAUUGGAUUUUUACACAGACCCAGAGGUGGGCAAGGCAGAGAUUAUCAUCCCCAGUUGACAGAUGAGAAAACUGAAGCCCAGAGAUGGAAAGUGAUUGGCUUUAAGCUAUUCAGUUAUCCAGAGGUGAACAGCAAGCUAGGGUGCCUUCAUGGCCUCUUCAAUAUCUUCAAAUCUUCAUUUUCUGGAAGAAAAUGUUAUGGGGUAGGAGGAUGUUUUGUUUUCUUGCCAUAUCUGUUUGAGAAAACAACUCUUUCGGAAAGGAAAAGGGAUAGAUAGACAUAUAAGGCCCUUUUGCCUGAAUAUGAAUGAGGUAAUGUCCUUGCCCAUCAUAUGAAGCCUGUUCUCUCUUUGUCCUGCCAGUUUCCCACUCCUCUUUCUGCCAGCCUGGUACAUUCUCUGCCAGGUUGGACCACAGUGGAAAGCUAAGAGAUUUGCCAUUCAUCACUGUCCCAAAGAGGUUAGAAAAUGUGAAGGGUUGAGAGGCUAGACAGGGCUCUUUCUUCCUGUCUUUUUUUUUCUUUUUUUUUUUUGGUCCCUUGGGUGUGAAAGAAGGGAUAUAGGCUAGAGCCAGUAGGAGCAUUCAUUUUCCUUUCUCCCACUUACCUCCCACUCCCCAGUUCCCCCACUUCUCCUUUCUGCAAUUUGAGUCUCUAAUUUUAGUUUGGGUGACUUGAGGCUUUAACUUUAUUUAAAAGUCGGAAUGGGCAAUUAUCCCAUCUUUAAAAGCCUAGACAGAUACUGUAAAUGUUUGGGCAAAACUGUCAAUAACAAUUUAGCGCUUUACAGUUUUAAAAAACCUCAUUGAUACAUUAUGCUUAUUUUAAAUAUGAGGAAACUGAGGCCAAAACAAUAGUGACUUACUCAAAGUAAUUCAUAUUUGAGAAAGAUAGUACGGCCUGCACAUCCACCCACAGACCCAAGUGUGCAUUUCCUGACUGAGAGCAGAGGCCAGAGAAGGGCAGCUAGAGCAGAAACUAGGCUUGGCUAUGGCAUUGAGACAAGCGGGGUUGUUGAAAGGCCCUCUUUAGUUAUUUCUCCUCACUAGACACUGUGUAAAUGAUCCUUAAAAGAUCAUUAAGGAGCAUGGGAGAGAGAUUAGGAGAUUAAGACAGCCCAUCCCCACUCGCAGGAAAAGUAGCUGGCCCCAUAGUUUGUUGAGUGUCUCCGAGGCAGCAGUGUAGUCUCCUAUGGAAAAAAAAAAAAAUAGCACAUGAUUUCAUCUGCAUCUUAGUUCAGUUGGGGCAGGAUAAAUAAUUUUUUACUUUUCUCUCCCUCUAUUUCUCACCCCCUACAGAUUAUAAGUUUUCUUCUGCCUUCUUCUCUAGACUCACUGCACUCCCUGGGGCAGUUGUAGGGUAUUGUAUAUGUUUGAAGAACAAUGGUCCUGCUCUACAGCAUAGGGCAGGGCAAACAUUUUCCCUCUAGAUCCCCUGGGCCUCGUCCUGUAUUCUUGGUGCUCUCCACCCUCAGCAGGAAGGAGGGCUGAAGUUUGCCAUUUUGGAACCUUACAGAACAUUUCUGAACCAAAGUAAUCUUCCUUCUGGAGCCUGGGUUUCCCAGGCUACCUCCCAGCAGUCCCUCAAAGACAGCCCUCAAUCCAUUUAGGGAUAUCUGAGUAUGCCUCUUUCUAUUGAAAUAUCAAUUGAAUCUCAGCUGUCUCACCACUGUUCCCUUUGAUUCUUUCUCAGUUAUCUUUUUACCUUUAGUUUCCACCUAUACAUCUCAUGCUCAGAGAAAAACAAGUUCCAUGGAGGUUGUAUUCUUUAUUAUCUGAGAAUCUGUCUGAAACUUGUACAGUUAGCUCCUGUCCCACAAGUAUUAGGUGGUUCAUUAAGUACAUUAGGCAGAAUGUGCACUUCAUCACUAGGUUCUAGCUCUGGCAAAAGAGUGCUCUCUACGUCGAGAUUUUUGCUUUUAGAGUUUUGUUAAAUACUUUAGAGUUUUAAUACAUAAAUACUUUUAGUAAAUACUUUAGUCCGUCUACAAAGAGUGAUUAAGGGCCCCUGAGGCAACCAAUUGAUCAGAUUGCUAAAAGUACUUGGGAAAAAAGCAAAAAAGUUCUCAUUGUACUGGACUGAGGAUUAGAAGCAAUUAAAAUAGAAGCUUGUACCAAGCAAGCAGCCUGGCCCCGCAUAUGUCUUAGCAAAUAUGUGGCAACCAACGGUUUAGGCCUUGGCCUUUAGGUGCUGUGUUUUUUGGUGGUGUGUUUUGUUUUGUUUUGUUUUGUUUCUGCUACAGUUUAUUAUUAUCUCACUGACUUUCACUGAUCCUGUUUACACCUUCUGGGAGAAGUAGUAGUAUCCAGAGAAAGGAUGAUUCUGCUUGAGCAGGCUGCGGGUGCUGUGGGUGUUCAAAGGCUGCCAUGUGGUUGGCAGUAGUUCAAGCCCACAUUUAACACCACUGCUCUAGAGGAAAGAUAAUGGUUGUAACACAAUAAUAAUAAUAACAAUAUGAUAAAAUGCCAGAGCCAGCCUUCUUCACUGUGCUUGCUCAUGGCACGAAUAUUAUGUGAACAGCCCAAGCCAUACCCAGAAUCACCUUAAUUCCAACUUUUUAUGGGUCAGCAAUUGGAGGUGGCAAUUGGCUUUGCAUUUUAAGGUAUUUUGGGCAAAGGUGAAGUGAAGGAUGUUUUGCUUUAUAAUUUCCGGUUGGGCCAUGGCAAAUGUCAUAGUUGAGUAUUUCCUUCAGGAGAGUUCUUUUUACAGUUUUCCUUUUCAAUGCUUUUAAAGUUUGGGACAUAUUUGUUUGAGCACUAUGCUUUUAUGUGUUUUUCGACAAAGGGGUUAUUGGUCAGUGGAAGCACAAAAUACACUUGAUAGAAACAUUUUUAACACACCCUUGAGCCUAAACAAUAGUUAAAUUGUCUUCAUAUGAACUAGCAAAAGAAAAAAAAUGUAGUUUUUGUUUGUAAGGAAGUGGGAAAGUAUUCGUUGAGAAUGAAUUGGGUUUUUUGGUUUACUGUUUUUCUCUCCAUACACCUUGACUUGGAUUUUGACAGGAGGGAGUCUGGGAAAACAAUUUUUUCUUCCAGGAUUCUCAGAUCCAGGCUAGGAAAGGAUUCGGUACUGCAGCAUACCCCUCCACAACAGACAGCCCUGGCACAUUGAGAUCAAAUCCCUCUUGUUCCCCUCCUCCCUGCCAACCCCACCUCACUAGCUAAGUCUUCGGUGUUUUACAUUGAAUAUUGGUAUAUUUUAAUUAUUUUUUUCUCAUAAAUGUGUUAUUUAUAGAUAUUUUGUUAAAUCUUGAGCCAUAUGCAUGUGUAGAUACUGGCAGAGCUAUGUUUGUUUAUGAUUCUCUGCAAGCAUUUUAUAUUGGCCAAUAAACAGAAAUAUAUCCAAA